AUGCCGCUGCACGUUGCCGCGUCCUGGGGGUGCUGCAGGUGCCUUGAGGUCCCGCUGAAGAAAGGGGGGGUCCCGGAGCUCCGAGACCAGGAUGGGAAACGAGCCAUCGACCUGGCGCUGGGACAGGGCAACCGUGCGUGUGUGCAGAUCCUGCGGGACUUGCAAUAUGCCCGAGGUUGGGCCCCCACGGAGGACCUGGGGGGUCCUGGGUGCUCCCUGUCCUUCCUGACCGAGGAUGGCACCGAAGACAGCGUCUUCUCCCAGCUCCCUGAGGAUGGGUCAGAGACCGGGCCCCUGAGCAGCACCCGCAGGUCCCAGCUGGAGGAGCUGGAGCUGGGGGGCGGCUGUGGUUUGGGGGAGCCCCCGCUCUGGCUGGAUUGUCCCCCGGAGCCCCCUUCCCUCUCCAUCCCCUCCUUCACCCCAUGGCCCCAGGUAGACCCCAGGGGCUCAGCUCUCCCCCCACAGCCCCUCGCCUCCAGCACGCUGCUUUCGGCCGGGGAUGAGCUCGGGGAGGGACCCCAGAGCCAGACCAUGGGGGGAAGGAUGGGGGGUCCCCCCCAGGCUCUCCUCAAGCCUAGCACUGGGGACAGCCCCUGUCCCCAGCAGGAUUUUGGUCCCAGUGGGUCCCUGAACUCCCCCCAGCCCCAGUCUUGUAGCAGGGUCCUGGGGGCACACAGGGCAUCUCCCGUGGCUCCCGUGUUCCGUGGUGGCCUGAGCAGCUGCUCCGUGGCGUGCCAGAGCCCGGGGAUGUGGCACGGUGACAUCCCAGGUGCUGCAGCUCAGCACCGUCGCAGUGUCCCCCGGGGACGAGCACUGGGCCGGCACUGGGCUGGGCUGCCCCCCGACCUGGGGACGGCAGUGCUCGAAGCUGGGGCUGGGGACUGGGACCGCAGCAGCCUUGGGGACAGCAGCAGUGCCAGCGAGCGCUUCGUCACUGCCGUGGAGACCAUGGAGCCCACCGAGGCCAGGGGGUGCCCGGGGGUUUGGCACCGCCGCUCCCCCCAGCCCAGGGCAGCCGCAGGGUCAGAGCUGGGCGAAGCCCCUUCCCCAACCGGAGCUGCCACCUGGGAGCUGCCCCCUGCCAGCCCCCCAAAUGCGGAGCGGGUGCAGAGUGAGGAUUUUUGGGGCACCUCAAGGGCAGCCCCUUGCUGCAAGGAUGGCUCAGAUGUGGGUGAUGUAGGGGAGCUGCUUGCCCAGCUCCAGGGGUGCAGCCUCCAGGGUUCCCCCCCCUGCACUCCAGGACCCCUUCCCAGCCCGGCCAGUCUCACCACUGGGGAUGUCACCCCCUGGGACCAGGAACCCCACAGUCACCGCCACGUCACCCCCAGGACAAAGAGCCGCCUCCGGGCCUCUGCAGCACGGCUCAGUGCCUCCUCUUCCUCCUCCCUCUUCGAUGAGACACUGGAGAUGCCUCAGAGGCCCCCCAGGCUCAGAGCACCCCGGGGUGUCCCCAAGGACCCUGUCACCACCUCAGGGCGCUGCAUCACCCUGGGGGAUGAGGAUGUGUCUAGCAGGGAUGGAGAGGGGACAGGCUCUUUGGAUGACACUGAGAUCCUCCCUGGAGCCCCCAGCCAGCCCAGCUCGCCCCCAGGGGCCAGCAGCUCCCCUAGCUCCAGCCCCACAGUCCUGCUGGUCCCUGGGGACCACGGCUGCCCCCAGGACUCCCCGUCAGAUGCUCAGGGCUCCCCUGGAUCUAGCCCCACAGUCCUGCUGGUCCCUGGGGACCACGGCCAUCCCCAGGAGUCCCCAUCAGAUGCUCAGGGCUCCCCUGGAUCUAGCCCCACAGUCCUGCUGGUCCCUGGGGACCACGGCCAUCCCCAGGAGUCCCCAUCAGAUUCUCAGGGCUCCCCCAGCUCUAGCCCCACGGUCCUGGUGGUCGCUGGGGACCACGGCCACCCCCAGGACUCCCCAUCGGAUGCUUGGGACUCCCCCCAUGCUGCUGGCAGCCCCAACCCCAGGGUGCUGGAGGAUGGUUCUGGGUGGCAGGACACCUUGCCCUUGGGGACAUGCCAGCCCCCACGGCCCCACGGGACCUUCAGCCGCCUCCCAGCCCCUCGGCUGCCAGGCAGCACUGUGGUGGAGCUGGGGACCCCGGCCGUCCCGCUCUCGCCCACCGGCUGCGGCGCUCACCGCACCACGGACCACCUCGAGGAUGAAGAGCGGGGACGGGUACCCACCAAGCAGCACAGCCCCAGCACAGAGGCCAUCGCCAGCCCCGAGGACCCCACGGCCCAGGACGGGCGAGCGUGCACAGCACCACCGCGGCCCCUCUCGGAUGAAGCUCUGCGCCGGCGGCUGCGGGCGCUGGGGGAUGAUCCAGGGCCCGUCACGGAGCUCACCAGGUGGCUGUACCUGCGGCGGCUGGAGGAGCCCGAUGCCGGCACAGCCGCUCCAGGGCACAGCCCCGAGCUGGCGGCCGCGCUGCGGACCGGCUGUGUCCCUGACUGCACCCAGGAUGAGCUGGCACUGGUCCGGCAAUUUGACCGCCCCGACCGGAGCCGGCACUGGCGGGAAGGGCUGGUCAAGUCCAGCUUCAACUACCUCCUCCUCGACCCCAGGACCACCCAGAACCUGCCGCUCCGCUCCCACCGCCUGAGCCCAGCCGAGUGCUUCAGGACCUUCAUCGAAGCCAUCUUCUAUGUGGGCAAGGGGACGCGUGCCCGACCCUACUGCCACCUUGCCGAGGCGCUGAGCCAGCACCGCGGUGGGACACGGAAGGGUUGCCCCAAGGUGCGGCGCAUCCUGGAGAUCUGGGCGAGCGGGCAGGGCGUCAUCUCUGUGCACUGCUUCCAGAACACUGUCCCGGCAGAGGCUUACACACGGGAGGGCUGCCUCGUGGAGGCUCUGGGGCUGCAGACCAUCACCAACCAGAGGAAAGGGAACUGCUACGGUGUGGCGGCAAGCUGGCCAGCGGACCAACGCCGGCGCCUGGGUGUUCACAUGCUGCACAGGGCCAUGCGCAUCUUCCUGGCCGAGGGUGAGCGGCAACUCCGGCCGGCGGACAUCCAGGGUGGGCGCUGA